CGUGAAAGAAGUCACAAGACCGUGCGAGCGGCUCACGGCUCACGGCGUCUUCAAAGGCACUACUAGCACCAUGUCCGCCGCGGCGAGCGACAGGCAGCACUUCUGGGGCGGAAAGGUCAGCGCAGUCCUCUGAUUCGGUUCGCAUUUACGCCGCGGCAGGAGAGCGUCACGACCCCGGGCGCCCGUUAUCCGCGGAAAGCCUUGCGCUCGUCGGCGGCCUCUCGUCUCCAGCCAGCCGCCAUCGAAGCGAGCCAACAUUAGUGCGCUAACCUGGAAGCUAAGCUAGCGCCAGCGCUAGCUAGGGGGGUCGCUGCUUCGUGGGGGAUGUUGUCCGUGCUGUCGUACGGUAGACUGGUUGCCAGAGCUGUCAUCGGCGGACUCUCUCAGACAGACGGCCGCGACUACAGCCUGGUGACGGCGAGCUGCGGCUUCGGCAAGGAUUUCCGUAAAGGCAUCCUGAAGAAAGGAAUGUGCUACGGGGACGACGCGUGCUUCAUCGCCAGACACAGAUCUGCCGAUGUUUUGGGCGUGGCAGAUGGUGUAGGAGGCUGGCGGGACUACGGCGUGGACCCAUCCCAAUUUUCCGGCACUCUUAUGAAGACGUGCGAGCGCCUGGUGAAGGAGGGACGCUUCGUUCCUAGCAACCCUGUCGGAGUCUUGACCACCAGCUAUUACGAGCUGCUGCAGAACAAAGUGCCACUGCUGGGCAGUAGCACGGCCUGCAUUGUGGUGUUGGACCGCCAGAGUCACCGGCUGCACACGGCCAACUUGGGGGACUCGGGCUUCCUGGUGGUUCGCGGGGGGGAGGUGGUUCACCGUUCCGAUGAGCAGCAGCACUACUUCAACACGCCCUUCCAACUAUCUAUUGCUCCUCCUGAGGCCGAGGGGGCCGUCCUCAGUGACAGCCCAGACGCCGCUGACAGCUCUUCCUUUGACGUCCAGCUGGGUGACAUCAUCCUCACCGCCACCGAUGGUCUAUUUGACAACAUGCCAGAUUACAUGAUCCUGCAGGAGCUGAAGAAACUCAAGAACGCCAACUAUGAGAGCAUUCAGCAGACUGCCCGCAGUAUUGCAGAGCAGGCCCACGACCUGGCCUAUGACCCCAACUACAUGUCACCUUUUGCACAGUUUGCCUGUGACAACGGACUCAAUGUUCGAGGAGGGAAGCCAGAUGACAUCACAGUGCUUUUGUCCAUAGUAGCAGAAUACACCGACUAGGGUCAACAUUAGACUGCGACUGGGUGGACUGCUUUGACUCCUGCUGGACAGGAUGAAGAACUGACGAUGCUGUCAGAUGUUUUCUUUUUUCCCCUCCCAGCAUGCCACUGCUGUACUUUACCCCAAACCUCAGCUGACCAGGUGGAUGUAAAAACAGCAGGAGGCCCUUGUACCAGGGAUAAAAGCAGUCGGAUGAUUAAGUGUCUUCGAGUGUUUGGGCAGACAUGGACGUCGUGUUUUCUUAGACGAAGAAUUGUUGGGACUCUUGUAAAAUUUUGAGCAGCCUCGUGUUGGGCUGCCAAAAGGGAAGGAUACACUUCAUCAUGUCAAGAAAGGAGCUUGCACAGGAUGUGGUACUGUGGGUAAAUGAGUAAGUUUUUUUUUUAUUAUUAUUUUUUUUUACAGUGGUUAUUAGCAGACUUUGUAUGUAGAUGCAGAGAGCAUGAUAAUAUGUAGUCCUGGUAAAUGUUUGCAAAAAAAAAAAAUUCCUUGGGUCAGGUUGAAACAAUAUGGUUUUGUGAAGAAGCACUAGCCUUUUGCAUACGUAAUAUUUAAUACCAUGAUGCUCUGACAUACAUGUUAUAUUCCAUUGAUCAGAUGGCCUCCCUUUAAUCUCACUGCUGUUGCGAUUGUGGUGUGCGUUAGUAUGUGUGAGGAGAAAUUGUGACAAAUGUGUAUGAAAAGGAUGUGAACGCUGACAAUGCCACACUAGGCGAAAAUGAUGUGUUGGCUUUAAACGCACAAAGCUGAAGCAUAUGGGAAAGAGCAAGUGUAUUUUUCUACUUUGUUUAAGCAAUUAGUUGACUUUAAACAGACUCAAAACAUUACAAUUGGUAUUUCCUAUUUGUUCCUGAGGCACCAUAACUUCCUUUUUUUUUUUUUUUUUACAGGCGUUACAUAUUUUGUGUUGUGAAAUUACUGCACCUUUAUAGUCAAUAAUUUCAGUGUAGUGUGACAAUGAUGUGCCUUGUAUCAGAUGUUGAUACUGGCAAACAUAAUUCCUUAAAGCUCCGGCCGAUUAUGUCCUAGUUGGCUUGAGCAGUGAGGGCAAAGCGUCCAAUUGUGAGUAGCCGUGAGUUAAAAUGUCAUCUUGCCCCACUGUCUUCAAAAUGAAGUUUUACCGAAAUACGCUCUCCUGAAAUUAACUUGUCUCAAGCCAGUCAGAAGCUAUGAGGAAUAGUAAUAAAGCCAGAUAAGAUUACGGUUUACAAAAUUGCACUAAAGGGCUGUUUCCUUAUUAAAAUGACAUCGGAAGACAAAGGGGAGGCAGAUUAAAGUAAAGCAGCGAAUGCCACUUUUAAGCAUUAUAGCAUGUCUGAGGGCAAUCUUAAGUAGCCUUAACAACGUGACAAAGCAAUUAUCCCUCUUGGUUGGUACAGUUGCUGCAGACUGCAACAUUUGCUGCUUGCCGCCCAGAAGAACUUCAUCUUCCUCCUCCAGACAACCCAGAGCAUGUCUGAAUAUUUUGGGUGUACAUGUCAAUGCAGCUCUGCUAUACAAUAUUUAAAGAUGUUAGUAUUUAUUAUUCUCUUGUAAGAUAUGGCUGUGAUGUGAUUCAGUUGCAGGCCAACACACUAAGCUCCAAGAUUUCCUUUUACUGUUAAAUGAUUUGAGUUACAUAGGCAAUAAAUAGCCCAAGCAAAUGUAAUAAAAACAUCCUUUCAAGUAUCUGAGUGAACAAGGUGGUUUGAAGUGACAUAAAUCAAUAUUAGGGCUGUGAACAACAUGCUUGAAUAACAAGAAAUGCAUAUAGGGAGCACUUUUCAGUUUUGGUAGCUACAGUGUUGGGGGUCUUCUUCCAGACUCUUCAUCCUCCUCCACGUCUGUGUCACAAGCCAGAACAGUGGCAACAGGACUCCCGUCAUCCUGCUCUGACGACAAAGCCCGGAACAGCAGGUGGCAGACCUUUGGAAGCAAAAAAAGUGUGUUACUUAACACAGUAUAUAGCUAUUAAAAAAAACUAAACUCGA